AUGGACGGCAGGAUUGCAGCUGCGCAGCAAGUCUCCUUUGACUUCAAGUUUCCGGUCAUUCUUCCCAAGAAUCACGGUGGAACGAAACUUCUCGUCGAUUGGUACCAUCGGCAGCACAGACACUGCAAUGCUGAAACGGCGGUGAACGAGAUGCGACAAAAGUUCCAUGUGUCGGAGAUAAGGGUGGCCUUCAAGCAAGCCGGAAAGCAGUGCCAGUGGUGUAAAGUGUACAAGGCGGCUCCGGAGAUUCCGAAGAUGGGUUCACUUCCACAAGCGAGCACUGCGUCACAUGUUCGGCCAUUCACCUACGUCGGCGUAGACUAUUUCGGCCCGAUGUUGGUUAAGCAGGGGCACAGCGAGGUGAAACGUUGGGUCGCGUUGUUCACCUGCUUGACCAUACGUGCAGUACAUUUGGAGGUGGUGCACAACCUGAAAACGGGGUCCUGUAAGAUGGCGAUAAGGCGGUUGAUCGCAUAUAGGGGGGCCCCGAGGGAAAUAUUCAGCGACCGGGGAACAGACUUCGUGGGUGCUAGCCGCGAUCUCAAGGUAAAACUCCAGCGUAUAAACAACAAUCUAGCUGAAUCCAUCCUUAACUCGAGGCCACUCACGUACCUACCAAUCUACUCCGAGGAGCAAGAAGCGCUUACCCCGAACUGCUUCCUAAUGCUCAGCACCAGUGGUGGCAACCAACCGGCUAGGGAACCGGUCGAAGAUAUAGCGACGGCACGCUGUAACUGGGACCUCUGCAAGCAGCUGUUAGACAGGUUCUGGGCGCGGUGGGUGAAGGAAUAUCAGCCAACGAUCACCAAGCGCACCAAGUGGUUCAAAAACGUUAAGCUUGUACAGGUAGGAGAUCUGGUGGUAGUGGUAGAAGAUCGGAUUCGGAAUGGAUGGUUGAGAGGACGAGUGCUCCGCGUGUUCCCAGGACGAGACGGCCGUAUGCGGAAUGUGGAAGUAGCGACUGCCAGUGCAGGAGUGCUGGUUCGGUCAGUAGCGAAGCUGGCGGUUCUGGAUAGUCGGAGGUACCGCUGA